AUGGACAUGUACGGACGCAAUCCGGCGAUGAGUGUGUCGCAAUCAGCACAAGGUCCCGAAUGGAGUCCCGGAGAUGCCGACACCGGACUCGAAGAGUCGAUGUGGCGAUUAGGGCUGGCAAGUGAAGCGUACCCAGAGAGACCAGGUGCGCCUGACUGUGCCUACUACAUGCGGACUGGAGUCUGUGGAUACGCUAACAGAUGCCGUUACAACCAUCCUCGCGAUCGUGCCUCGGUUGAAGCAGCUGUUAGAGCUACAGGGCAGUAUCCAGAACGCAUAGGUGAAACCCCAUGCCAGUUUUAUUUGAAAACUGGAACUUGUAAAUUUGGGGCGUCAUGCAAAUUCCACCAUCCAAAGAAUGCAGGUGGAUCCAUGAGCCAAGUUGCUGUAAAUAUGUAUGGAUACCCAGUGAGAGAGGGUGAGAACGAGUGCUCCUACUAUUUGAAAACGGGGCAAUGCAAAUUUGGUAUAACCUGUAAAUUUCAUCAUCCUCAGCCUGCUGGUAGUACAACCGUCCCACCUCCACCGCCACCGCCACCACCAGCCUCUGCAUCUGCACCUCAGUUUUAUCCAUCGGUGCAGUCACUUAUGCCUGACCACUACGGAGCUCCUUCCUCUAGCUUGCGAGUUGCAAGAACUCUUCUCCCCGCUUCUUAUAUGCAAGGCGCCUACGGUCCAAUGCUUUUAACCCCAGGGGUCGUUCCUAUUCCAGGCUGGAGUCCUUACUCGGCACCUGUGAGCCCUGCUCUCUCUCCUGGUGCGCAGCAUGCCGUUGGGGCAACUUCUUUGUAUGGAGUUGCACAGCUCUCUUCCACCACUCCUUCGCUUCCCGGGGUUUAUCCAUCUCUGCCCUCUCCGACAGGUGUUCUUCAGAAAGAACAGACCUUUCCAGAGAGACCCGGCGAACCAGAGUGCCAAUACUAUUUGAAAACAGGAGACUGCAAGUUUGGAACUUCUUGCAAGUUUCAUCAUCCUCGAGAUCGGGUUCCACCGAGAGCUAAUUGCGUCCUCAGCCCCAUUGGUCUUCCUCUGCGUCCGGGUGUGCAACGCUGCACUUUCUAUGUACAAAACGGCUUCUGCAAGUUUGGAUCAACCUGUAAAUUUGAUCAUCCAAUGGGAACCAUCAGAUACAACCCUUCUGCGUCCUCUCUCGCUGAUGCACCGGUGGCUCCUUACCCGGUGGGCUCUCUUUUGGGUGCUCUCGCAGCAGCUCCUUCUUCUUCAUCGACUGAGCUCAUCAUUCCCGGCGCUGCAAAAGAUCCCUACUUGUCUAGCUCAAGAAGCACAUCAAACAUGUCAGCAGGUUUGAUAUUCUCUCAGAGCGGCGGCGCGAUUCAAUUCUCUGAGCUGCAGCUCUCGAGCCAGACCUCUCUUCCUCUAACCGGUAGCAGAAUCACAAGACAAGGCCGAGAAAUCCGUCGAUCCUUUUGA